GGUGCCAGUCGCCGCCGGCUCGUUCUCCGGUGCCGCGGCGGGUGGCACAGGCUGGCAGCCAAGGGCUGAGUGCCCAGGGCCCAGGGGGAGGGGGCACCGCCGGCCACCGCCCAGCGCCUGCCAGCCCCAGCUCCGCCCCGGAGAGCGCGCUGGGCUCCAAGCAGCUGCACCGCCAGGGCGCACAGCCGGGGCGCACGCCUCGCGGCGGCGGCCCAUGGAGCCAGGGCUGCUGCGGCCGGCGCCGGUGAGCGAAGUCGUGGUGCUGCACUACAACUACACGGGCAAGCUGCGCGGGGCGCGCUACCAGCCGGGCGCGGGGCUGCGCGCCGACGCCGCCGUGUGCCUGGCCGUGUGCGCCCUCAUCGUGCUGGAGAACCUGGCGGUGCUGCUGGUGCUCGCGCGCCACCCGCGCUUCCACGCGCCCAUGUUCCUGCUGCUGGGCAGCCUCACGCUGUCAGACCUGCUGGCCGGCGCCGCCUACGCCACCAACAUUCUCCUGUCCGGGCCGCUCACGCUGAGACUGUCGCCGGCGCUCUGGUUCGCGCGCGAGGGCGGCGUCUUCGUAGCGCUCGCCGCGUCCGUGCUGAGCCUCUUGGCCAUCGCGCUCGAGCGCCACCUCACCAUGGCGCGCCGGGGACCUGCACCCGCAGCCAGUCGAGGGCGCACUCUGGCGCUGGCCGCCGCAGCCUGGGGGGUGUCCCUGCUCCUGGGGCUGCUGCCUGCGCUGGGCUGGAACUGUCUGGGCCGCCUGGAAGCCUGCUCCACCGUGCUGCCGCUCUACGCCAAGGCCUACGUGCUCUUCUGUGUGCUGGUCUUCGUGGGCAUUCUGGGCGCCAUCUGCGCGCUCUACGCGCGCAUCUACUGUCAGGUGCGCGCCAACGCUCGGCGCCUGCGCGCGCGACCCGGGGCCGCCAGGGUCAGUGCCACCCGCCCGCGUCGCAUCCCGCGCUCCCUGGCACUGCUACGCACGCUCAGCGUGGUGCUCCUGGCCUUCGUCGCCUGCUGGGGACCCCUGUUCCUUCUGCUCCUUCUCGACGUGGCCUGCCCUGCGCGGGCCUGCCCCGUGCUCCUGCAGGCCGACCCCUUCCUGGGCCUGGCCAUGGCUAACUCGCUGCUCAACCCCAUCAUCUACACCCUCACCAACCGCGACUUGCGCCACGCACUCCUGCGUCUGCUCUGCUGCGGCCGCCGCCCCUGUGGCCCCCACCCUGCCAGUUCCCAGACCUCGGGGAGCGCGGCAGGGGCCUCGGGGACCCUGCGGCACUGUCUGCCUCCCGGCCUGGACCUCAGUUCCAGCCGCUCUGAACGUUCCUCGCGCCAGGCUGAGGCGAUGGACACCAGUGGCUCCACUGGCAGCCCCGGCACGGCCACAGCUGCCCGGACCCUGGUGCCCAGCCCUGCUGCCGACUGAUGCCCACCACCCAUCCCAAGAGCUAUUCUGAAGACAUUUUCUUUCUUAAAUAAAGAAUUUGUAGGAAAGACAGCUAAAAAUGAUGGAAGAGGAAAAGACCAGGGGAAAUGUCAACCUCAGGACAGCAAACAAACAAAAUCCUUGAGCCAGUCAUGGUGGUACACACCUGGAAUUCCAGCACUGAGGCAGCUGAGG